CAUAAAAAAAGACCUUUCACAAUAAUUUAAAAUUUCACGUUUUUUCAAAAUACCUACCUACUGUUUCUUUUUGUUCUUUUGUGUUUGGAUUAUUUCGAUAAAUCUUAUAAUUGUUUAAUCUUGUAAUUAAUUUCCUUAGAGUUAAGAGUAUCUUCUGGCGGACUGUAGUUUCUGUGCUAUUAUUAUUCUGUAUAAAACACAAAUAUAAUAAAAUGGAUUUAAAAACAACGAUAGAAGAUUUAAUUCAUAGCAAUAAAUAUACUACUUUUCCUUCUCUGUCAGAGUUCUUGCAAACUGUAUUCAAAUCUGGUAACCAAACUAAGGACUUGUUAACUUCAGAUCUAAUUGACAAAGAAUUUUUGGAAGAAAUAAGAAGUUUUGUUUCUAAUAAAUGUGCCCUUCUGUAUUUUGGCAAAACAUUGAGAGAUUUUAAGUGUCUUAUUAGUGAUGAAGAUUGUUUGAGAGAACAUGAGAUAUGUUUCCAGUAUAAGGGGCCUAAAAUGUUGUCCAUAACUGCAGUAAGUUUCCUAUAUUCACCUUUACAAGAUGUGAAUUAUAGUACUCUAGAUGAUAUAGUACAAACUUUUCAAAAGCAUUUGAGUAGUCUAGGUGGUUACUUUCAUCAAUUAGAAUGUAUUGAUAGAUACUGUACUGUGAUGGAACCAGCAAAUCCAACAUUCAAGGAAGAUUACCGGAAGAUUUUAUUAGAUGAGAGAACCUGGCUGCAUAUAGAAGUUACUCCUCAAGGUCUGGCUACCAACAUCCACCUGAUAGGGCAGUCAGAACACUGGCAGAACAAGCUUCAAGAAGGACUUUUGAAAUGGGACCAUGACAUAGACAUUGUUACCAAUGUAAUGAACAUAUUUGAAAUAGAGGAAUUUCCUGUAUUAGCCAACACAUCUGUUCAAGCAAUAGGAUUUGCUGAAAAGACAAUAGAGAAGUCAGUUUGCAGCAUAUGCCUGUGUGAUGAACUGCCUGGUGUUCCUGGAGUGCCAUUACCACUCUGCCAGAACCCUGUUUGUGGGAUUUAUUUCCAUAGGAAUUGUUUGUAUGAGUGGCUGGUAGCGAGUUCAGGCGGCCGGCCUCCUGCGUUCGGAGUGGCGACUGGUAGCUGCCCUCAAUGCCUGCAACCCAUCACAUGUAAUGAGACGAAUAGUUGAUUUUGUUUUAAUUCCCUUUAUGCAAGUUCAAUAAAGAAAAUAAAUUAUAUGGUCAAAAAGAAA